CGCGAGAAGGGCGGUGGCGGCGGCAGAACCCGGCUGGGACAUCGGGCUGGCGGUUCGCUAGUGGGUGCAUGGAGGCUGCCGGGGGCGAGCGGGCGCCGCUGCUGGGCGCACGGCGUGCGGCGUUCGAGGGCCGGCGCGCGGCGUGCGCUGCCGUGCUGCUGACGGAGCUGCUGGAGCGCGCCGCCUUCUACGGCAUCACGGCCAACCUAGUGCUGUUCCUUAACGGCACGCCGUUCGACUGGGAGGGUGCGCAGGCCAGCCAGGCGCUGCUGCUCUUCAUGGGCCUCACCUAUCUGGUGUCGCCAUUCGGCGGCUGGCUGGCUGAUGCGCGGCUCGGCCGGGCGCGCGCCAUCCUGCUCAGCCUGGCACUCUACCUGCUUGGCAUGCUGGCCUUCCCGUUGCUGGCCGCACCCUCGACCCGCACGGCGCUCUGCGGGGUCCCCGGCCCUGCGCGCGUCCGCAACUGCUCUGCGCCGCCAUGUCCCGACGCCCCCCCUCGCUACUGCGCGCCCGCCGCUCUGUCAGCGCUGGCGCUCGUGGGCCUCGGCGUGGGCGCUGUCAAGGCCAACAUCACUCCCUUUGGCGCCGACCAGGUUAAAGACCGAGGUCCAGAAGCUGCGAGAAGAUUUUUUAACUGGUUUUAUUGGAGCAUUAACCUGGGAGCAAUUGUCUCGCUGGGAGGCAUCGCCUACAUUCAGCAGAACGUCAGCUUUGUCACUGGCUACGUCAUCCCUACUGUGUGUAUCGGCGUCGCUUUCAUGGUCUUCCUCUGCGGCCAGACCUUCUUCAUCACUAAACCUCCCGAUGGCAGUGCCUUCACCGACAUGUUCAAGAUCCUGCUGUAUUCGUGCCGUCCCCAAAAACGAGUCAGAGAACACAGUCCUAGUGGUGAAGGCAUUGGAGUCUUUCAGCAAUCUUCUAAAAACAGUCUGUUUGAUUCAUGUAAGAUGUCUCGAGGAGGGCCAUUCCCAGAAGAUAAAGUGGAAGAUGUGAAAGCUCUUGUCAAGAUUGUCCCAGUUUUCUUGGCUUUGAUACCUUACUGGACAGUGUAUUUUCAAAUGCAGACCACGUAUGUUUUACAGAGUCUUCAUUUGAAGAUUCCAGAAAUUUCCAGCGUUACUACCAAUCCUCAUACGUUUCCCGCAGCCUGGCUGACGAUGUUCGAUGCCGUGCUUAUCCUCCUGUUAAUUCCCUUAAAAGAUAAACUGGUUGAUCCCAUCUUGAGAAGAAAUGGCCUGCUCCCUUCAUCUUUAAAAAGGAUAGCUGUUGGAAUGUUCUUUGUGAUGUGUUCUGCCUUUGCCGCAGGAAUUUUGGAAAGCAAAAGACUGGACCUCGUGAAGGAGAAAACCAUUAACCAGACCAUUGGAAAUGUUGUUUACUACGCGGCCGACUUGCCCAUCUGGUGGCAGGUGCCCCAGUACGUGCUGAUCGGCAUCAGUGAAAUAUUCGCGAGCAUCUCAGGCCUGGAAUUUGCAUACUCGGCUGCCCCCAAGUCCAUGCAGAGUGCCAUCAUGGGCCUGUUCUUCUUCUUCUCUGGUGUUGGAUCGUUUGUGGGCUCAGGGCUGCUGGCGCUGGUGUCCCUCAAGGCCAUAGGGUGGAUGAGCAGCCACACGGACUUUGGCAACAUCAAUGGCUGCUAUUUGAACUAUUAUUUUUUUCUUCUGGCUGCUAUUCAAGGAGCCACCCUCCUGCUUUUCCUCAUUGUUUCUGUGAAAUACGACCGGCAGCGGUCAAGAGCGAACGGCAUGCCCACCGGCAGGAGGACCUGAGGCUCCUGCACCCAUUAGUGACCUAGGUAAGUGCCUUCCUGGAGCAGAAGUGCAGAUGUGCCAUGCAUUGCUUCUCACCACUCAAGAACCCGGAAAUCCUGCAGCCAGUUUCCUCUCCAACAAAUGCUUGCCGACGCAGAUGCAGAGUCUCGGGAGAUGACGCCCAUACUGGUUGGCAUCCAGUAUUUUAAACAGAUAUCUCGAGUUCCCUGGUGGCUCAGUGGGUUAAGGACCCAGCAUUGUCACUGCCGUGGCUUAGCUCGCUGUCAUGGCGCAGGUUUAAUCCCUGGCCCAGGAAGUUUUUGGCUAUGAGCACAGCCAGAAAGCAAAAACAACACAAAUAUUAUCUCCUUUUCCAUAAAAGACCAUCUCAGUUACUUCUUUUACCUUCAUAUUGAGGACUGGGAGGGUUUGUUAAGAAGUAAAAGUGUGGUUAGAUGCUGCAAAGCUCCUGUAGAGAAGUCAUGCCUAUGGUUUCUUUCACAAGCCACAGAUCUUGCCAGCGCCAGAUUCCUUGGUACAAGCCGGUACCAGUACGGAAUAUAUUUUAUCUGCCGCUUCAAAUAAUACUUAUUUUUUAAACUAUUAACAUUGCUUUUUUGUUGUUUCCUUAAGAAUGUGCUAUUUCAUCCAAUAUUUAAGACCACAGGUUCCAUCUCAGUCUGCAAAGCACCCUAAUGUGUGUUCAAAGCCUUACUGAGUCAGUCCUGUGCAUAAUUCCGUUUCUGUACUGUUGAGCCUGGAAACCUGUCACAGGGUCGGAAAGAGAGCCCUUCUGAACAGCAUGGGUGUGGUUGGAGGUGGUUGGAAGUGAUAAUGUGAACUUGAACUCUGGAUGCUCACCGACUUUGGUGGGGGUAUUUUAUGUGUAUGUGGAGGUUCUCAUUUUGUUUAAUAAACUAUUCUUUAUCUGUUGCUA